AAGGCUCUCGCGCCGUCACCGUAGUAGGAAAGUGCUCGACUAUUGUUUUCAAGGUGAUGGUGUUUCAACUAUAACCCUGCUUGCGAUUGUGAACUCCCAGCUGGUCACCUUUUUCGUGCGCUGGUUGAUAUGGCCCAGGAUACUGCUUUCUAACAUGUGGUUUGUCAUUCAGGGGAGCUGUCUGAAUUCGUUUCUCACAUGCUCAAACGCAAUUGGAGAUUGUUUCCGACACGAGAUAACCCCCAAAAUUUUUGUACAUUCCAACGUCCGACAAUCAGUCAGUCUCAGCCAAGAAGUAACAUGGUCUAGUUAACUAAUAAGGCAAACUGAUUACAUCAUCCGUGUUAAUGACUUCCCGGACCACCAAAGUCAAUAAUCUCUUUUUUCGAAUUGCAACGACAAUGCCACGCGAAGACGAGCCCCUACUACCGCGUGCACACCCCAACCCUACGUCACGCCUCCGCGCCUAUCUCAAACAGGAAGUCUCACCUCGUCGAGGCGACCUCGUCCUCCUUCUCUGCUAUGUCAUUACCGGACUUCUGGACAGCUCCGCCUUUUUCAUCUGGAGUUCCUUUGUGAGCAUGCAGACCGGAAACACGGUGUAUCUAGGUCUAGGACUAGCACAAGCAGAUCCCGACCGCCGAUGGGUGAAAUCUGGGCUCUCGAUUGCCAGUUUCUGCGUGGGAUCGUGGUUCUUUGGCGCAUUUUAUCAAUUCUGCGGUCCAUCUGCGCGGCGACGUUGGGCCCUUUGCGCGUCGUUCCUUUUUCAGGCGCUACUGGUCGGCAUUGCCGCGGUGAUCGUUACACUACAUCGUCACCACCGCCUCGGUGCGGAAGAGUGGAGCGUUCUGGUUCCGUUAUGUAUGGUAGCCUUCCAGAGCAGUGGUCAGGCGGUGACAAGUCGCAUUCUCGAAUGCCGGGGACUGACCAGCGUGGUGUUGACGAGCGUGUACUGCGACCUCUUCUCGAGUCCCGUUGGGCUCAAUCUCGAGCAGCGGCGACGUGUUGCGGCGAUUCUAUGCUUGGGGCUAGGCACCAUGCUAGGGGGUCUAUGGGCGAAGAGUCCCACAGGACUAUCGGGGGCAUUGUGGACAGCGGUGGCUCUGAAGGGGGGGAUUGGGGUUGCAUGGAUGGCAUGGCCAGGGGUUGUCGAGUGAUCCCUCACUAUGCACUAUGCACACUAUGCGAUAAUCCAUUUUUGGGUGCAUACAAGUAUUGAUGUAUUUACUGUAAUUUUCAAAUGUUAUUUACAAAACACCACAAACCCGAU